AUGGAAUUUAUUGACUGUCCUCUCAUUUGCAACCGAAUAGGGAGAAUAUCACCAAAGAGCGAGGGAUCAGACAAUGUGAUCCUGCCUCCUCAAUUGAGACCAAAACGGCCCAAUGUGUUCGGAUUUUAUAUUUAUAAAGUUACUUCAGAAACUACAGACAAGUGGACAUACUGCUGCGUUAGGCAAUGGACUGCUGAAGAGCACGACUGCUACAUGCCUACAGUAGGGGAUUAAUCUUCUGAGACUAUAUUAAUAGUGGAUGAUGAACUAUCUGAACAUUCCUGAUCAUUGUGAAGUUAAGUUUACCUACGACAAUUUUGAUAUUAAAAAGGUUCACUUGUUUUUUCUUCGUUAGUCUUUAGGGAAAAUCCCUUGUUAUUCAGCCAACUGACGAGAUUUUUGCUUCCUAUUCGUCUCUUGUUGAAUUGAAGGUAUUUGCAUUCUUUCGGAGUUUCAUACAUUCAGGCAAUUCGCACCGCACUUAGCUCUUAUACCACUCUAACGAAUAACUCCCGAAUUACUCUCAACCUGGAUGGCCAAAAGUUUUCUAUCAUUAUCCGAUUAUUGGCACCCGAUUCCAAGGUUCGUACAACCGACAAGAUGCAAAUUUUGGUGAGUAAUCAGAUCUACGUAGGCAUUGAGUGUGUGUUUGAAUACAGCGAAAACAGAUUAUUGACACGAUGGACGAGUCGAAGAAGCUAGACGAUGCGUACAAAUCGAUUGAUUGAUUCGUGACCUGUAGCAACGAGAUUCAGCAGUUUGGCGAGCAGCUUCUCGAAGGGUUGUGUCCGACUUGCUAUCGAUUGCUGCAGGACUGUCGCUGCAGCGAGCUGAAAUCGAAUCCGAAGAAAGAAGACAAGGAGGUGGAAGAAGAAGCGCGACGCCUCGCUUUGGAAACGCUGCAGAAGCGAUACUGCAUGAAUUGCUUCUGUUUUAAGAAGAAUUGCAUCUGCUCUCGCUCCGAACUGAAAGCUUUUAACUCGCGAACGGCGGAUAGUAAGCAGGCUGUUCUGAGAGUGGUGUCGUUGCUUUCUUGUUAUGUAGAUGGGGGGCGAAGUGGGUGAGUAUGAGGACGAGUCGAAGGAAUUGGAGGAAGAAGACUUCGAUAUCAUGGGUAGGAGAGCGCAGGCGAGGGUGAAUGAAAGAGAUCGUCGAGCGAGAAAUGCAGAAGGAAGUCGAGGAGAAGCAAAAGAAGCGCGAGGAGGAGAAAACGGAACGGAGCGAUGUGGUCAGCGAAGAGAUAAGCGACCUGCCCCCUGAGGAAACGAGCGUAACGCAGAAAAAAGAAGCCGCUGAUUUGUAGCAGGAUGCCAACGAUUUGUCAAUCAAGAAGCCGAUGGCCAAGGAUCUGCCUGGAGAGACCGCCCUCGACCAGAAAAAGCAUACAGAAGGGGAUGUGGAGAAGACGUCUACAGAGCAGCCAGCUGCUUCCGAGGCUGACAAAGAAGAGAGGGAGAUGAAAUACACGGCGUACUAUUACUGGCCGAUUCUCCCCCAGGAGCAUUAUAAACGCUGGGAGAUCGAAAAUGCAACGAUGAUUCCGCCACCACCUCCCGAUCUGACGCCUCAGGAGCGGUUGAAAACGGUAAGGAAAAAUCUGUCUCUGUGGGCAUUAUUUAAGAAAUCGAAUCGAUAAAUGGAGAAGUAGUU